AAAAAACGCGGCUUUGCAGAUUUCAUUCGCACACGUACCUUAAACCUGGUCAUGAGACUCUCGAGUCCGCCUCCCCAGGAUGAUCAAGAACUAGAAAGCUUCAAGGCAUGAAUCUUGCCUGAAAAUCUAUUACUCUACAAGGCCGGCAAGAAUCGAGAGAGAGAGAGAGAGAGAGAGAGAGAAUUGAAGGUUUCAAGUUUCAAGUUUCAACCACCGCUGCUCAGUCUUUGGAGGCUUUAAAGGCAGAGGCAAUGCCCAGGUUCCCACCUCUGAAUUCUGAUUGAGAGAGGAUAAGUGAAAGAUUAGAUUAGAUUCCAUUUCCACCACCGCCACCGCCGCCACCGCCACCGCCACCGCCACCGCCACCGCGAGAAGAGCAGGAGAGACGUGAAGAUUGGAAGCAUAAUUUUAUAAUAUUAUUCAAAGUCGCGCAUUUCGGCGUCAUGGAAAAUGACAGAGAGAAGGAUGGAUUAGCUCGUCUAGGUCUACAGGAGACCCGCGAUCGUACGUAACAUUGAUUGAACAACGCCCUCUCUCUGUACUUCUUCCUCAUCAAUCAUCUCUAUCUGUUGACGAUAAUUAACACAAUCACUUCUAAGAAGAGGAAAUCUGGUGGUUUCGUUUUCGACCUCCUUGAUUUGUAAUGAUGAUGACGAUUGAGGGUGUGAUGGACACGACGAUUUUGGACGAUAUCAUUCGGAGGCUUCUUGAGGGUAAAGGGGGAAAACAGGUUCAAUUAUCUGAGAGUGAGAUCCGGCAGAUCUGCGUCAACGCCAGACAUGUCUUUCUUUCCCAGCCCACUCUCCUUCAUCUCCACGCUCCCAUCAAAAUUUGUGGUGAUGUACAUGGGCAGUACCAAGAUCUUUUGAGAUUGUUUGAUUAUGGUGGUUUCCCUCCCACUGCAAAUUACCUUUUUCUUGGGGAUUAUGUUGAUCGUGGCAAACAAAGCUUAGAGACUAUAUGCUUGCUUCUAGCCUACAAAGUGAGGUAUCCUAACAAUAUCUUCCUUCUGAGGGGGAACCAUGAAGAUGCAAAAAUUAAUAGAAUCUAUGGUUUCUAUGACGAGUGUAAAAGAAGGUUUAAUGUCCGGCUGUGGAAGAUUUUCAUCGACUGCUUUAAUUGUUUGCCUUUGGCCGCACUCGUUGAUGAAAAGAUACUUUGCAUGCAUGGUGGACUCUCUCCAGAUUUGGAUAAUGUGAAUCAAAUAAAUGACCUUGCAAGGCCUACUGAAAUUCCAGAUAACGGUCUACUUUGCGAUUUGCUAUGGUCUGAUCCUGAUUCCCAAAUUGAGGGGUGGGCUGAGAGUGAUCGAGGUGUGUCAUGUACGUUUGGAGCUGAUAGGGUUACUGAAUUUUUGGAGAGGAAUGAUCUUGAUCUCAUAUGUCGGGGCCACCAGGUAGUGGAGGAUGGGUACGAGUUUUUUGCGAAACGUAGAUUAGUCACAAUAUUUUCAGCUCCAAACUAUGGUGGGGAAUUCGAUAACGCAGGUGCUCUAUUAAGUGUUGAUGAAGCUCUUAUGUGUUCUUUUGAAAUUUUGAAACCUGUGGAAAACAAACCAGUUGAAACCAAACAAGUUGAACACAAACCAACUGAAGGCAGUUCUAAUACAUCAGGGUUGACUCUUAAGAAGGUUCUCCUAUCCACGGGCUCUUCUGGCUUUCGUUGAGCAGCUCAUCAAAAUCAUAAAGGUUUGAUAUGUGACAUAUCUAGUGGCGUCCACUGAUUUGGUUGUAUUCAACAGAUGCGUCUCGGGAGCUUGGUUUUGCUGUAGUUUGAAGUCUUUGGUUUUUUGAUGGUUGGUAUUAGUUUGGACAAACCUUGCUACCCAAUCAGCAUUAAUCAAAAGCUCUCAUGAAAUCAAAGCUUGUUGAUAAUUCAAGCUUGCGUGAGAGUAAUAUCCGAUCUGUAGAUUAACUGGGCAAAAUAUCCUCUGUACAGGAACAGAGAGGGGUGUCACAUUUGUGAAAAUUUUGUUUCACAAGGUCUUUCUUCAAUCAAUGAUCCGACAUUGUAUGUUGAUAGCAGCUUGUACCGAUGUGGAGAGAGAGUUGACUAAAGUUUGUUCAUAAAUUCAUAAUCCAUGAUGUGUGUUUCGUGUAAGGUGCCAGAAAAUUUAAUAGAUGGAUUGGUGGGUGUGGUUAAAAAGUAAUACUUUCAUCCUAAAUAUUUUGUGGUAAAGAUGCUCUGGAUAUCAUGGUGGAUGGGUCCCUUUUGUUGCAAAUUUUAAGCCAUGGUAUAUGAACUAUUGUUUUA